AUGGACGAGUACUCGUUGGAUGCGUUUAAUCCUCGAGAAGCGUCAAAGGCGGCGACAGGGGCUGGCAAGAGUGGAGGCGGUGGAGAGGGGCGGCGAGUGGGCCAGUGGCUGCCUCGUGCGGCCAAGGGUCGCGGGGAUGCUGGCUAUGUGGGCAUUCUCAACCAGGGUGCCACAUGCUACCUCAACUCAUUGCUACAGAUCAUGUACCUCACGCCCGAACUCCGCGCUGCUCUCUUUGCUCUCGACCAGGAGGAGCUCGGCAUGUCGUCGCAGGCUCUCGAGGUGGCCGACGACGGCUCGGUCGCCUGCGCUGCCAUGUUCCAGUCUGACAACUCGGACGCUGGCGCUGCGCCGACCACCGGAAGAGGCUAUGGCGUGAGCGAUGUUGACGAUGUUGGCGCCAGUGAUGCUGCUGCCGACGAAUCUGACGAUGCCGACACUGCUGAUGUCGACGCUCCCGACUCGCCCGCAGCUGAUGUUGUCGUCGACGACGCCACUCUGGAUCUGAUGUCGGGUAUGGGCUUUUCGAUGGCGCAAAUCCAGGCGGCGUGCCGGGCGUACCCGGAUCCGGCCGACUCGGAGCAGCGGGUCAACUUUGUGCUCGAGGGCGGCGACCUGUCGCGGGCAGGCCGGCGGCGUGCGACCGACCGCUCCACCGGAAAGCCGCCGCGGUCGUUUGGUCCGUCGUACCGGCACGGCUCGCACAACCGCGAGCCGGUGGUCGCGUACUCGUCGCGGCCGGGCGCCGACUCUUCGGACUCGGACUCAUCUGCUGGUGGCUUUGGCAACAUGGGCGGUGCCGACGACGACCUGGACCUAUUUGGAUUUGGCGGCGACGGCGGUGACUCGUCGUCGGGCAACGAUGACGGCGUCAUGGAUUUGUUUGGCGGCGUGUUUGGUGAAAAUGAUGAUGGCGAUGACAACCAUACUGCCGAUAGUGAUGACGAGCCAGCCACGGUCCUGGCACCGGCACCGGCACCGGCACCAGCACCGGCCCCAGCUGAGGCUGAGGACAAGGCCAAGGCUAGGGCCGAUGCUGUGCCCGAUGCUCUGCUCGAGGUCGCGCCCGACGUCGAGGUUGAGGCUGACGCCGCGCCCGAUGCCGCACCCAAAGUCGAUGCCGAGCCCACAGUCGAGGUUGAGGCCGAUGCUGCGCCCGAUGCCGCACCCAAAGUCGAUGCCGAGCUCGACGUCGAGGUUGAGGCCGACACCGCACCCGAUGCUGCACCCAAAGUCGAUGCCGAGGCCACAGUCGAGGUUGAGGCCGAUGCUGCGCCCGAUGCCGCACCCAAAGUCGAUGCCGAGCCCGACGUCGAGGUUGAGGCCGACACCGCACCCAAAGUCGAUGCCGAGCCCACAGUCGAGGUCGAGGCCGAUGCUGCGCCCGACACCGCUCCCAAAGUCGAUGCCGAGCCCACAGUCGAGGCCACAACCGAUCCCGCACCCGAGCCUGAAACGCCGCAGCUCAAGGUUCUGCUUCAGCUUCAGGCUCUGUUUGCAGAGAUGCACUCGCGCAACGUUGCCGCCAUCUCAACCCGCUCGCUGACUCGCCGUGGCUUUCAGUGGCUCGACAACGAGUCAUUGCAGCAGCACGACAUCCAGGAGCUCAACCGCAUCUUGUUUGACGCUGUCGAGCAGCAGCUGCGCAAGACGUCGGCGCCCAACACAGUCCGUGCCCUCUACGAGGGCACCCUCCUCAACCGGAUCAUUUGCAUGGCAUGUGAGACCGCGCGCGACCGGCCCGAGUCGUUCCUCGACCUCGUCAUUCCAGUUGCAGGCUUUGACUCGCUGCCGGCUGCCCUCGACUCGGUCCUCGACUACGAGGUGCUUGAGGGAGACAACCAGGUCUCGUGCGCCGUCUGCGACUCGAAGCAGGAUGCCCGCAUGGGCGCAAAGAUCGCUGAGCUGCCGCCGCUCCUUGUCUGCAUGCUCUCGCGGUUCGAUCAACUCGGCCUUCCCUUCCCGCUUGUCCUCGACAUGGCGCCUUACACCGCAGACUAUGUCGCGCCCGACGCCGGCAAUCCUGAUGCUCCGUACGAGCUGCUUCCGUCCGAGGGCGAGCUGUUUCAGCCGUCGGUCGACCCGGCCUCGCCUGCGCUCUUUGACCUAGUCGCCGUCGUCAUCCACUCGGGUGGUGCCUACGGCGGCCACUAUCAUGCCUACGCUCACGAUGUCGCUGCCGCCACCAACGUCGACCCGGCCUCGCUGCCGCAGUUUGAAGAUCCGGCGCUCGAGCGCGCUCGUCUUGCGGGCGCGCCCAACCUUGCGGGCUGGUACGACUUCAACGACUCGCAAGUCACCCCGAUCCCUGUCUCCACCCUCGCCUCGCAGUACGGGCAGGAGUCAGCUACCGAGUGUUCGUACAUGCUAGUCUACCGCGCCCGCUCUUCGCUCGCCGCUGCGCGUGCCGCCGCCGCCGCCGCUUCCCCGCCGCCGCAUCUUGCCGCGCUUAUUGCCUCCAAGGAUGCCCACUAUGCCGCUGUCCGCUCCGAGUACGCCGAGAUGGCCAACUACGCAGAGCUGGUGGUCCACUCGGCUGCAAACUACGUUCUUCACAACGGCGAGCUGACCGCCAUCAAGCGGCGCGCCAACGUCAUCGCGCCGACCCACGCCGUCCAGCGCAUGGACAUCGACCUCCGUCAUACUCUGGCCUCGCUCCGCAACGACAUCAAGGCCGCGUUUGGCUCCGCUGUUCCAGGCUCUCCCGAAGACAUGCUCCUCCACUCGGUCUCGACCCGUAUGGGCAAGCUCCUGCUCUCGCCAGUCACAACUCCACCAGAGACUCUUCUUCGUGACGCUGGCUUUGACGUUGACGGACUCGUUCUUCUCGCCUGGGACGGCACAACCGUUGACGGCCAGCUCUGGACCGGCGCCGAGGAGAAGAUCGCACUUGACCUCAUCUUUUACCCGAACGCCGCCAACUGCAACGACCACGUCACCAUUCCGGUCCGCCUCCGUGAGGUCGACACGCUCGCCGAGGCCAAGGCUGCCAUCGCUGCCCAGCUACCGGCUGGUCUCGAGCACUUGUCCGCGCUGCCGGAUGUCACACCAGCUGCACUGGCCGCUGUUGCGGCAGCUGCCGCCUCUGGUGACUGGAGCCGACUCCUGCUCUCCCGGCUUGAUGCCUCGGGGGUGGCCGCGCUCUCGGCAGAGCCGGAGACCCGAAUCGCAGCGCUUGGUGUCUUUACACUCGGCUCCAAACUCACGCUUGAGCUCGCACCUGACGACGGUGCUUUUCUCGCACAAGCCCACUUUAUCGAGCGCCAGUUCCAGCUCGACAUCUGCGUCACUGACUCACUCACAGUCCAGUUUCCGCAGGCUGUGUUCAAGCUCGCGGUCAAGAAGACAAUGACUGUGGGCGAGCUCAAGAAACUGGUGUUCGAGCAGCACGUCGAUCACACGCGCCUACCUCCCACCGGCCCGUGGCGAACCUCGGCCGCCCUGCCGUGCAUGCGGCUGGCGCGUACCUCUGGCUGGGGCCUCCACGGCAACCAGUUUGCCUCGGAGCGGCUCUCGCUUGCCGACGCUGGGGUGGUCAACGGCGAGAAACUGGUGCUGGAGGAGGGUGAGGCACCUGAUCCUGACAAGGUCAACGUGCGCUUUGUCUACGGCUCGGCCGACGGUGACCGGCUCUCGGUCGAGCAGUCAGUCCGCUGUGCCAAGUCGCAGAGCCUCGCCGCGCUCAAGGCACUCAUGGCUGCUCGUGUUGGCGCAGAGCCGGCCGCUGUCCGGCUGCGCGAGACCGAUCUGUGGGACGGACCGGCCGGACUCUACGCCGACGAGAGCCUCGCCCUCGAUGACGCCAACAUCCACGCUGACGACCUUGUCUGGCUUGAGGACGGCAAGCCGCCGGUGCCAGGCGCCAUGAUUCUCAGAAUUGAGCUGUACUCGCCACCUGGCGCCUGGUCCGUCGACGCCGCGCUUGCUCCCGCGUCUGCUGCCGAGGGUGAUGAGUCUCCACCCAUGCCUCCCGCUUCAGCCUCGGCCAUCGAUGCCAUGAUUGCGCGCAGCCGAGACGUCGAGACUGCUUCCGACUCGGCCCUCGCCGGGUCGGAAAUGUCGUCGCCAGUCCUCCGCAUCCUCCACGCUGACGAAUCGCGCUUCCUGUCGUUUGGCGAACUUGAGGUCUCGGCCUUUGACUCGACGCGGCAGUUUCUGGAGAGCCUCGCGCCGCGGUUCUCACGCUGUGGGGGAAAUCCAGCCGCGCUCCGCCUUUGGUCACCGAGCCAUCCGCAGCGCUUGCUCACGGCGCCGCCAUUUGGCACCGAGAGCGAGGCAGACCCACUUGAUGUCACCCUCGGCGCACACCAGCUGCUGGACGGCCAGUCGCUCACUGUCGAGAUUGUCGAUCCCGCCUCCAAUGCCCUCGCAGACACCGACCUCGUUCUAUACUUGCACGUCCGCUCGCCGCUUCGGCGGAUGUGGAGCAGCGUCCAGGAGUUUAUCUUUCGGGCAGCCACGGCGCCGACACCCGAGAGCCUCGCCGCCGCGCUCAGCAAGGCGCUCGGUAUCCCGCUUGACGCGCUCCUUGUCGCCAAGUACGAUCUCGGCAUGGCGCAGUGGCGGGUGGUGACCCGCGGGUCGGAGCGGGGAGCGCACGAGGCGUCAGCCGCCGCUGCUGCCGCCGCGGGCGACGACGAUGAUGGCAUGGGCAUGGCGGCAUCGAACAAGCAGUCCAAGACGCUCAGCUCGGGGAGCUUGCGCGAAGCGCCGUACUUUAUUGCGCACGGAGACGUUGUCGGAGUCAAGGACAUGCGCGAGGACCCCGCCGACAACGACAACUUUGUGUCGAGCUCGUCGUCGACUGCUGACUUUCUCACCUCGUGGUCGGCCACGUCGGCCGCCGGCGGCACUGCGCCCAGCGGCUCGGGCGCAGAGGCACAGUUGCGAAUCAACUAUUGAAGAGCUACUGCACCUUGCAUGGGCCGGCGGCACCGUCGUCAGCGAGUAGCGCCUCGUUCGACUCGAUGAGCUCACGAUGCGGCGCAACAGGCCCAAGCUCACCUUGUGAGCGCCGGCUAGCCCUCGUCUUGGCAAAGAACGGGUGCUGGAGCGCCUCAUCGACAGUGAUGCGCACGUUCGGAUCUUCGGUGAGCAUGCGGUCGAGCAGGUCGUGGAUCUCUUUGCGCUUCGAUGGCUUGACGUGACUCAUCUUGGCCACCAGGUACUUGCGCUUCAUGCGGCCGCGGUGGUCGAGUGGGACGUUGAAGACGAGCUCAAACAUGAGAACACCAAGCGAGUAGACGUCGACUUGGGGGGUGUAGCCGCGCGAGCACCGCGCCCACUCGUCGGCAACCUCGGGUGCCAUGUAGCCCUGCGAUCCGGUAAAGGUCUUGGGCGGCG